CUAACCAGCCAGAGGAGCGGGCGCGCAGGGGACACGCAGCGCUUGGACACCGGCAGACCUGACUCAUGGCUUAAACACAAGAAGACAUGAGGAUUACUAUACCUGGGAACACACUGGACUGAACUGCUUCUCUGAAAAUGAUAGAAACAAUGGAUACCCAGCGUGCCUUGCAGGCGGUGGAGCGUCUCCAGGCCAAACUCAAAGAGCGGGGGGAGGUGCCCACCGAGGAGAAGCUGAGCCUGCUCAAGUCCGUGCUCCAGAGCCCCCUGUUCCACCAGAUCCUCGCCCUGCAGAAGUCUGUGCAGCACCUCAAAGAACAGGAGAAUGCCCCAUCUACACGAGUGGGUGAUUUUGGGGAUCAUGUUGCAGCGGUCAAACCCAAUGGGGGGCACCUCUCCAUUCCAGAUCUCUCGUCCAGCAUCAAUGGCCGAGCGUCAGAAGAAUUUGAACAUAUCAUGCACUCCAUGGCACAGGGUCGCUACAUUUUGCACGUGGAGCUACAGAAGCCGGUGUCGGGAGGCCUUGGUUUUAGCGUGGUCGGCUUGAAGAGUGAGAACAGAGGAGAACUUGGGAUCUUCAUUCAGGAAAUCCAACCAGGAAGUGUGGCCCACUGCGAUGGGAAACUCAGAGAAGCCGACCAGAUUUUGGCCAUAAAUGGUCAGCCACUGGACCAGUCUGUGACCCACCAGCAGGCCAUAGGGAUCCUGCAGAGCGUGUCGGAGAGGGUGCAGCUCACUGUGGCCAGAGGACCUAUACCCAGACUGACCAGUCCUGUGGUGUCCCGCACGCCAUCCUCUGCCAGCACGCUGUCUGCCAAGUCGAGCGCGCUGCAGCAUGUGGAGACCAUUGAACUGGUCAAUGAUGGAACUGGCCUGGGCUUCGGGAUCGUCGGAGGGAAGACUACUGGAGUUAUUGUUAAAACUAUCCUUCCUGGGGGUAUAGCUGAUCAGGACGGCCGUCUACGCAGUGGGGAUCACAUUCUGCGUAUUGGAGACACGGACCUGUUUGGCAUGGGCAGUGAGCAGGUGGCCCAGGUCCUGAGGCAGUGCGGGAAUAGGGUGAAGCUGGUUGUCACGAGGGGUCCGGCGGAGGAAAGCACAGCUGCAGUUAUGCCCGUAGUGCUGCCCACUGUCAACGAGCAGCAGGGUUAUGAGGAAGAAGAGUCAGACGCGUUUGUUGUUAGCCUUACAAAAAAUGCCCAAGGACUCGGUAUAACGAUCGCCGGCUACGUUGGUGAUAAAAAUGCAGAGCCAUCUGGUAUAUUUGUCAAGAGCAUAACCAAAGACAGCGCCGUAGAUCAAGAUGGACGAAUUCACGUGGGAGACCAGAUUAUAGCUGUAGACGGUGUAAACAUUCAAGGAUACACCAAUCAGCAGGCAGUGGAAGUGCUGAGACACACAGGGCAGACGGUGCACCUUCAGCUCAUCCGAAGAGGCUUUAGACCUGAGGAGAUCCCCCCCGCGUUGGCUCCUAGUGUUGCCAUCCUGUCCCCCGCCACCUCCGCCCCGCCCACAACCGGCCCACCCACUACCUGCUCCGCUAUGAGGGAGUUCGAGCUGGAGAGGGACAGGGAAGAAGACUAUGUUCAAGUGGCCCCCGAUGAAAGGCAGUGCCAUACAAAGCCUGAAGGAUCUGAUAUCAGCAGACAGGCGGAUCACCUAACACAAGACAAUCAUGGAAUGAAACUGGCACCAUUUGAAGAAGAAGAACUUGUCAAGAAGUGGCUGGAGAUUCUGGGACCAAAUAAUGAAGUUGUUGUGGCGCAAGUGGAGAAGUUCAGUGAGAGCAGUGGUCUUGGUAUUAGUUUGGAGGUGAACAGCGGGCACCACUACAUCCGCUCUGUGCUGCCCGAGGGACCUGUGGGUCGCUGUGGCAAACUGUACAGUGGAGAUGAGCUGCUCGAGGUCAACGGGAUUUCUCUAAUUGGUGAAUCACACAAAGAAGUGGUGAGGAUUCUGAAGGAGCUGCCAUUGUGUGUGUACAUGACGUGCUGCAGACCUGCUCCACAUCUACAGACGGAUAUGGACUCCAUCAUACCAGAGCCUGAGGAUUUGAUCACUAAAUUCCAGAAACAAAUCGACCUGAAUAAUGUAUUAGGGGCUGAGGAAGCAGAAGUGAAUGCAGUGGAAGUGACAGAAGAUAAUGUGGCAGAGGAAGCGAUUGGAUCUGCUCUGGCUAUGUGGGAACUUGAGGUGCAGAAUAUUGAGCUGGAGAAGGGAGAGGGAGGACUGGGGUUCAGCAUUUUGGACUAUCAGGACCCAAUGGAUCCCAGCAAGACUGUGAUCGUAAUCCGCUCCCUGGUCCCUGAUGGGGUGGCUGAGCAGGACGGCAGGUUGUUGCCAGGAGACCGCCUCAUGUAUGUGAAUGCCACUAAUCUGGAAAAUGCCAGUUUAGAGGAUGCUGUUCAGGCUUUAAAGGGGGCUAAACUCGGCAAAGUCCAGAUCGGCGUCUCCAAACCUCUACCUGGAAUAUGUGGAUAUUCCCCCUCUCCAUAUCCAUACGGUCAUCAGCAAAUUACAUCAUCAUCAUCAAGCGCCAUCCAUUCAUUUGACUUCAACAGUAUUUUGAUUGAAGAAGGAGAGGAAGAAGGACUGGCUUCUGAGGGCAUCCUUUACCGAGCAGAGCCUGCAUUGAUUGACACCAGUGAAGCGGAUCUGCCUGAUGAAAAAGCACUGGAGCAUACUUACUCCUCUAUCGACGAUGACACUUUUCAAGCCUCCAUGAUGGCUCUCCAUGGCAGCAGCUGUAACGUGGAUCAAGACUUUCUACACGCAUCUACACCUAAGCUUUCUGCUCACCUCGACUUGCUGGACCCACAUUUUGUAACAACCGGUCUGGAAGAUGAGAUUCCACCUCCUCCUUUCUCCAUGGAAAACACAAGCACAUACAGUCCUCCAAGUUUACGAAGCAAUAUCCCGGAUUUUAACUCCAUCGUGACCAGUCCGGAUCAGUACAUGGCAACCCACAGCGGCAAAGACAAACCAGCGGAUGGUUUGCACUCGUAUAGUCCGUUUGCAGAAAUGACUCAAAAGAGAAACAGUAUUGAUGAGGAGGGGUCUCUUCACUACACAGAGCCUCCUAUGGCGUUUGCAGAUAUGGAGGAUAUGAAGAUGUUGUUGAAGGACGAGGACACGGCUGAAAAAGAAACAGCAGAUGAUGAAGACAAGGAAGCACUGACCUCCGGGAGCCAUUUUGAAAGGACCAUCACGGUUGUCAAGGGCAAUUCUAGCCUAGGGAUGACAGUAAGCGCUAUGAAGGACGGGUUGGGAAUGCUCGUCCGCAGUAUCAUUCACGGUGGCUCCAUAAGCCGCGAUGGGCGUUUGGGUGUCGGCGACCUCAUCCUCGCCAUCAACGGGGAGCCCACCGCCAAUCUGACCAACGCCCAGGCCCGUGCCAUGCUCCGAAGGCACUCUCUGAUUGGUCCAGACAUGGGAUCUGCUUGUGCACCUGAGGACGAUCUGUGCCCAUUUUAUGUCAUCACAUAUGUCCCGGCUGAAUACUUAGAGGAGUACAAAGCCAGUCUUGAACAAACUAAAGACGCUCACCAGCCUGAGGACAUCCCGCCCCCUCCUUCACGAAGUGUUCCUAAUCUGCCUGAGCGUGAGGACGGAGAGGGAGAGGAGAGUGCGUACAGCAACUGGAAUCAACCAAGAAAAGUGGAGCUUUACCGAGCGGCGGGCAAGUCCCUGGGGAUCAGUAUCGUCGGGGGCCGCGGGAUGGGCAGUCGCCUUAGCAACGGAGAAGUGAUGAGGGGCAUUUUUAUCAAACACAUCCUGGAGGACAGCCCCGCCGGACAGAACGGGACUCUGAAGACCGGGGACAGAAUCGUCGAGGUGGAUGGAGUCGACCUGAGGGAUGCGAGUCAUGAGGAGGCGGUGGAGGCUAUACGCAAAGCAGGAAACCCAGUGUGCUUCGUGGUCCAAAGCUUCAUCAACAGGCCAAGGAAACCGGCCCUGCCCUUUCCGCUGUCGCGUAGCCAGCACGGGUCAACUCUGUGCUCUACUAAUCAAAGCUCCCUAGCACCUGCUCCUCCCCAGUCAUUGAUAGCAGAUACGAGCGAGGACAGAGCCGCAGCUGUAACAAGGGACAGCAAGAGCAAGGGAGGUGACAGUCAAUGUAGACUUUUCCUCCGCCUCUCCCCAACUAACCCUUUCAUUCCUACCCCGUUUAAGCCAGUGAAGCGUGAUAAAGUGAAGACACCCCCCAGCAGCUCGGUGCAGCUCCUGCCAGUGGUGCCCCAUGUGGGAGAGACAGACACAGACACCCUGACAGAGACUCCCCCCAGAGCGGAGGAGAAGGAAGAUGAGGAGGAGGAGAGGGAGGAAGAGGAGGAAGAGGAUGAGUUUGGAUACAGCUGGAAGAACAUAAUCCAGCGUUAUGGCAGCCUCCCAGGGGUCCUCCACAUGAUCGAGCUGGAGAAAGGCCGAACAGGACUGGGUCUGAGCCUGGCAGGGAACAGGGACCGCACCCGUAUGAGCGUGUUCGUGGUGGGGAUAGAACCCAGCGGAGCAGCAGGGAGGGACGGACGGCUGAUGGUGGGCGAUGAGCUGUUAGAGAUAAACGGGCAGGUCCUGUACGGCCACAGUCAUCAGAACGCUUCAUCCAUUAUCAAGAGCUCUCCUUCAAAAGUCAAGAUCAUUUUUAUCAGGAACACAGAGGCGCUGCACCAGAUGGCUGUGGGACCAGUGAGAGACAGUGAGGAAGACAACGUGGAGCCACAGAAUGAGGUCGAAAUCACGGCCAACGGUGACAUCAUCAACUCAAAGGAGGACAAUGAACCUGCCAAAGUGUUUGAAGAACCCAGCUCGGACAGCGGAGAUGAGGCGAAAGGACACACGGGAAAGACAACCAACCUGGAGAUGUACGAGUCAGAUGGCCUUCCCAGUUUCCCCAGCAUCACCUGCACCUACAGCCAACCGGACGCAGAAACCCUAACAAGUCUGAGUCGUUCAUCCACUCCCUCCACGUUAGCCUGUGAUCCCACCAAAUGUCCCAUCAUCCCGGGCUGCGAGACCACCAUCGACAUCUCCAAAGGGCGCACUGGGCUGGGCCUGAGCAUCGUGGGGGGCUGUGACACGCUGCUGGGGGCCAUCAUUAUCCACGAGGUUUAUGAAGAAGGGGCUGCCUCCAAGGACGGCAGGCUGUGGGCAGGAGACCAAAUUCUGGAGGUGAACGGCAUUGACUUGCGAGCGGCGACACACGACGAAGCCAUAAACGUCCUGCGCCAGACUCCACAGAAGGUCCGUCUCUCGGUCUACAGAGACGAGACCCAGUACAAGGAGGAGGACCUGUGGGACUCCUUCUCCGUGGAGCUGCAGAAGAACCCGGGACAGGGCUUGGGUCUGAGCAUCGUGGGCAGGAGGAAUGAUACAGGAGUAUUCGUGUCCGACAUCGUGAAAGGUGGUUUGGUGGACACAGAUGGUCGGCUAAUGCAGGGAGAUCAGAUUCUGUCAGUGAACGGUGAAGAUGUGCGCUCUGCCACCCAAGAAGCUGUGGCGGCUCUGCUGAAAUGCUGCGUUGGGACGUUGAAAAUGGAAGUUGGAAGAUUUAAAGCUGGACCGUUCCACUCUGAAAGAAGACUCUCUCAGACUAGCCAGAAUGAAGCCAGCAGCAAAAUGGGUCCACAGUCUAGUUUAGAGCCCGGCAUUUUCCCCAGUGACACGGACAAACCCAGUAGAAGUCUGGAAUCUUUGGACCAGCCCGACACCAGAACAGCAGAGUUCACCAAAGGUCCCACUGACACUCUGGGCAUUAGUAUCGCUGGAGGGGUGGGCAGUCCUCUCGGAGACAUCCCUAUAUUUAUCGCAAUGAUGAAUCCUGUUGGCCUCGCAGCUCAAACCCAAAAUCUCAAGAUUGGGGACCGGAUCCUCAGUAUCUGUGGGACAUCUACUGAAGGCAUGACUCACUCCCAGGCCGUGUCUCUGCUGAAGAACGCCACGGGCUCAAUACAACUGCAGGUGGUUGCCGGGGGAGAUAACACCGUGACGGGACCCUCGUCUCAGGAGCAGGCGUCUGGAGGUCUCACACCGAGCUCCAUCUUUCAGGACGAUAUUGGCCCGCCUCAGUACAAGUCCAUCAACUUAGAAAGAGGCCCUGACGGACUCGGGUUCAGUAUCGUGGGAGGUUACGGCAGCCCGCACGGAGAUCUGCCCAUCUACGUAAAGACUGUAUUCGGAAAGGGCGCAGCCGCAGAGGACGGGCGUCUGAAGAGAGGGGACCAGAUCAUGGCGGUGAACGGGCAGAGUUUAGACGGAGUCACGCACGAAGAGGCAGUGGGGAUUCUGAAGAGGACCAAAGGAACCGUGACGUUAACCGUGCUCUCGUAGGAA